CGCCAUUUUCUAGCCGCUUGUGUGUCUCGCUGGCUGCGUGGCUCGGUUCUUGUGAGCGAAGCUUUGUCCGGUUCGGCAAUGGACGGAAUUGUCACUGAGGUUGCAGUUGGCGUCAAGAGAGGAUCUGACGAACUACUCUCAGGCAGUGUUCUCAGUAGUCCAAACUCUAAUAUGAGCAGCAUGGUGGUUACAGCCAAUGGUAAUGAUAGUAAAAAAUUUAAAGGAGAAGAUAAAAUGGAUGGUGCUCCUUCUCGUGUACUUCAUAUUCGAAAGUUACCUGGUGAAGUGACAGAAACUGAAGUUAUUGCUUUAGGCUUACCUUUUGGUAAAGUGACCAACAUCCUUAUGCUGAAAGGAAAAAAUCAGGCAUUUUUGGAACUAGCAACAGAGGAAGCCGCUAUUACUAUGGUUAAUUACUAUUCUGCUGUGACACCUCAUCUCCGUAACCAACCAAUUUAUAUCCAGUACUCCAAUCACAAAGAACUAAAAACAGAUAAUACAUUAAACCAACGUGCUCAAGCAGUUCUUCAAGCUGUGACAGCUGUCCAGACAGCAAAUACGCCUCUUAGUGGCACCACAGUUAGUGAGAGUGCAGUGACUCCAGCCCAGAGUCCAGUGCUUAGAAUAAUUAUUGACAACAUGUACUACCCUGUAACACUUGAUGUUCUUCACCAAAUAUUUUCAAAGUUUGGUGCUGUAUUAAAGAUCAUCACAUUUACAAAAAAUAACCAGUUUCAGGCUCUUCUCCAGUAUGGUGAUCCAGUAAAUGCUCAACAAGCAAAACUAGCCCUAGAUGGUCAGAAUAUUUAUAAUGCUUGCUGUACACUAAGGAUUGAUUUUUCCAAACUUGUGAAUUUGAAUGUAAAAUACAACAAUGAUAAAAGUAGGGAUUAUACUCGACCUGAUCUUCCAUCUGGGGAUGGACAACCUGCAUUGGACCCAGCUAUUGCUGCAGCAUUUGCCAAGGAGACCUCUCUCUUAGGGCUUCCUGUUGCAGCUGUUCCAGGAGCUCUGAGUCCUUUGGCUAUUCCAAAUGCUGCUGCAGCAGCUGCUGCAGCUGCUGCUGGCCGAGUGGGUAUGCCUGGAGUCUCAGCUGGUGGCAAUACAGUCCUGUUGGUUAGCAAUUUAAAUGAAGAGAUGGUUACGCCCCAAAGUCUGUUUACCCUCUUCGGUGUUUAUGGAGAUGUGCAGCGUGUGAAGAUUUUGUACAAUAAGAAAGACAGUGCUCUGAUACAGAUGGCUGAUGGAAACCAAUCACAGCUUGCCAUGAACCAUCUUAAUGGACAGAAAAUGUAUGGCAAAAUUAUUCGUGUUACUCUGUCUAAACAUCAGACUGUACAACUACCUCGAGAGGGACUUGAUGAUCAAGGGCUAACAAAGGAUUUUGGUAAUUCCCCAUUGCAUCGUUUUAAGAAACCUGGAUCCAAAAAUUUUCAGAACAUUUUUCCUCCUUCUGCAACCCUACACCUAUCCAAUAUCCCUCCUUCAGUAGCAGAAGAGGAUCUACGAACACUGUUUGCUAACACUGGGGGCACUGUGAAAGCAUUUAAGUUUUUUCAAAGAGAUCACAAAAUGGCUCUUCUUCAGAUGGCAACAGUGGAAGAAGCUAUCCAGGCCUUGAUUGAUCUUCAUAAUUAUAACCUUGGUGAAAACCAUCAUCUGAGAGUGUCUUUCUCCAAGUCAACAAUUUAAAAAGGGGGAGGUGAAGAUGGAGGGUGUAUCACAUUGUUUGGUGUCAUCACCUAUUGACUGUUCAGAAAAGUGGGGACCAGAGUUUGAUUUUUUUUUGUUUCCUUUUUUUUUUUUCAUGCUGUUAUCAUUCCUUGGUUAUAAAAUGAAAUGGCAUACGUAAAGGCAGAGUGUUAACUGCUAUAUUUCAUCUGUUCUAUAGGGAAGCCAUUAUUUUUGUCUGUUUAAAUUUUUAGUUUAAUUAUACUUUCCUUUUUCAACUUAGUUGACAUACGUGCCUUAAAAAGGAAAACUAGUGUUGCUAUUGUGCAUUUACUAGGAAAAAGGAAUUGGUUGUCUAGGGCACAUUGUUAUAUGGGAAUUACCAUAUGUUUAGGCAGGGGUGUGUAAAAAGGUUAAGUUUUUGUUUCUCCUGCUUGGAACUUAUUUUGAAUUAUUGGCUUGUCACAUUUCUUUCUAUUUACUCAAAUAAGAUACAUGAUACUGAGAGAAUUAAAGCAGCAUUUUUUAGUUUUUACUACCUUAGGCUUUAUUGCUUUAAAAAAACAUUGGCCUUUUGUAUCUCACAAUUCUGGUCUAGAUUCAGUUAUGAAUGUAGGCAUUAGUUAAAAUUAACAAGAUGCAGAGUAUUAAUUUCUUAAGACAACAAAGUGAUUUCUGUAAGUUUGAGCCCUAUGUGGAAAGCAUUGUGGAAUCUUAACCUUUUUGUACACACUCUUGUGGGACGUAUCAUAUAAAUGUCAGCACUAAGUAAUGUCUUGUUUGUGGCUGAAUAUUUUUCGUAGAUGUUUUUGAAGUUGACAUGACUUACGUGCAUUUAAAUAUAUAUUGCCAUCCUUAGUUUGUAAUUAAGAUUUGGAAUAUGGUUGUGGAUUUCUGAGCAUGUGCAGACUGGUCUAGCUAGUUCAGGAACUGGUGCAUGUAUUUUUCAAAGAUAAAGAAAGUGUACUGCGAAAAUUUGCAGGAAGAUUAAUUUUGUGGCAGUUUUCUAAAACUGACAACCAGGUGGGACCAAAGUUUAUGUGCCUUUAGUCUUAAUUUACCUUGCAUUGUAAUAUUCAGUUUUAAUAAAUCUUCAAAAUAUUUUGUAUUUAGGAAUAGAUCUGACUUUAAUAAAAACAUGGCUCAGAAUCUACAGGUCAAAUUAAUUUGAACAGUUCUUGUCAAUCUGAAUUGUUGAUUCUGUUUAAAUGACCAAUACUUUUUGAAAUUGAUGUACUUAGUUUCAAGAUUCAUAGAUUCUGUUAUCUAUGUAGACAGAAUGGUCAUGUAUAUUUUCUAUUAGUUGAGUUUUUACAUCUUUAGAAAUGUAAAAUUCAGUAUAGUUUGAAAGCGGCACAAUUAAAAAUUAAUUUUCUAACAAAGUUGGGAGGUUUGAUGGUUGUUUAAUUUCCUUUUGUGUGUACUCUGCUUACCUCUGUAGCAUGCUCAAUAAACACUUCUGUAGCUCUGUA